CAUUUGCGCAGUGCCUAGCUUCUGGGACACGUGGACAUAUUCGCAAAACACCACUAAGGCACGGCGGCUGAAACAUGCUUCUGAAGGUUAUUAUCAUGGCAUUGCUACCUGGAUUCUUCGGUGUCUAUGGCCUGGGUCAACUGCCACCUCCUGACUAUGAGUAUUAUGAUGUACCUCACUUGCCUUUUUCGCCUAGUCGGAGUUCAGCAAAGACCGCGAGACCGUACAAGUUUGACUACAACAUCGCUGAUCACGAGGGCAACCAGCAGUAUCGGAUCGAAAGGGCCGACGCGCAGAACACCAAGACUGGCGCGUACGGGUAUCGCGCUGUCAACGGGAUCUUCCGCCACGUGAACUACAUCGCCGACCAAUACGGCUUCCGUGCUGUUGUGAACACAAACGAACCCGGCACUGCUCCUAUGGACUCUGCCGACGCCGUCUUCAACGCGGCUCCCAUCAAAGUUCUCCCUGUUAAGGCGCCCCAGUAUUCAGUUGCUGCCGAAAACAUUUGGUACGCAGGCCUUGCAAAAGAAUACGGCGGACGGUACGGCCUCCGGAACGGCGCCGCUACCAUUUCAAAAUUUCCAGAGCAAAGGCAGCCUCAGGUUGACACGGAUCACAUAGCCUUAGAGAAUUCACACCUAAGCUCGGAUUACUACUACGAAUAGCUAUUAAAUGAACAACCCCUUUGCCACCAUACUCCCUGACGUCACAUAAGGAAAUGGGAGAUUUCCUCUACCCAGAGAAAGAACAAAUUUUGAGUGCAGCUACAUCUAGUCUAUUGUACAGCAUUAAUAUAGGCUGCAACUAAGUCGGGGCAUGAGCCACAUGUUUGCUGUGGAUUUUGUAGCAUCGAAAAAUAGCUGCUGUCGCAACAUGGCUUAAGAGAGCCUCAAGCUUAUGGCAAAGGAGACAUCAAUAUGCAGAGAUGUAUCGCGAGCUGGAGACAAAUCAAAGGUAAAAAUAUUACGCACGGAUGCUGUAGCACCUCUUUCAGGUAAUUUUUAUAGGAAUAGUGCGCGUCAGAGCACAAGAGCGAGUCUUAUAAGACACCGACUUCUAACAAUAAACAGAAAUUACCUCACCGAAGCUAGCCAGGAGAAGUGAAAUAAGCAUUACAUAGGAAUAUACACUCGCCGCAUCAUCAAAACUGUAUUGCUCGAACUUUAUGUAUACAUUAUUUGUGCCGUUAAAAACAAGAUGGCUGUCUAAGUAGCCAAUUACCUGGCGGCACAAUGACCUAUAAAGGCUGGUUAAAGUGUGACAAUUGAGCGGAAGUCUUUUUCAGUGUUGAUUCAAGACGUUAUCUGUUUCAAAAGUUUAUUUGAGUUCUGUGUCCAUCAAGUGGCAAUGCGCAGUUUCCUUGCUGUCAGAUUCCUGCAACGCUGGAAUCGUAUAAAGCACUCAUGUCUGCUGUGAUUGUGGCUGCAAUGUAAAGUACGGGAGUACAUCUUACGCUACUUUAAAUUUGCGUGGCAAUGCCCGCCGGAAGGAAGACACCAAUAGGAAAACAUUUAUUUGGGCAGGAAAAAAAUUCUUUCUGCGUCUCCAUAAUGAUCAUUAUUGUAUUUCACGACAAAUUCACAUCCUUAACAUCAAUAAACGUUCUCUUCU